AUGGGAUUCUUCAGCGACGAGCUGUUCGUGUGCGGAAUUUGGCUUCAAGACGAGUGGAGAGUGAAUCCUCGUGGAGAGCUCCACAACGGUGCCGACCGGAACUUCCACUGCGUGCCCGUCGGGGACCGGCGUCCCUACCUUCCACAUGACGUCCGGAACUUGCCUCGUUUGCGGCCAUCCACAGCCCUGUUGAUGCUGAAGAUGGCAAAGCCUUGCCCAGGUGAGCGGCUCCUGGAUCCGUUUGGAGGUGUCGGCACCAUUGCUGUUGAAGCUGCAUGUCGCUUCCCUGGACUGCUGUGCAUCAGCUCCGACAAGGAUCCAAGCGCCUGCCACACUGCCAGCCUGCAUUGCCAGCUGGCGAAGAAGAUGGGUGUCCUUCAACCAGGUUCCUCCCUGGAACGCCGUCAGUGGGAUGCCAGGAAGUUGAAGCUGGCGGAUCAUUCCGUGGACCUGGUGGUCAGUGACUUGCCCUUCCUCAACCGCUGUGACUUCGAUUUCCAUGAGAAGGGCAGGGAAGGCUCCACCUCCGCGCGGCAGGGCCUGGCAGCCGUGCUGCGUGAGCUGAGCCGCAUGCUGCGCGGCGUCUGGUCGUCAGGCACACCAGGCUUGGCCAUUCUCUUAGUGCAAUCCAGGCAUAUUCUAGAGGAUGCUUUGCGCUACAGCGAUGGCUGCCUCAGACUGCAGGAUCCGACGCGGCGCGGGAUCCGCGCCGGAUCCGCGCCGGAUCCGAACCCUCGACCGGUGGUCAUUGGCGGCGCAGCCUGUUGGAUCUUCGUUCUGGAGAAUACUACGAAGCAGACUGAGCCAGGCUCGAGUGGGAAGCCAUCCCUACCCUUCCGGCAACAGCGCGGAGCUCCACCUGCCUCUUACGUUUGUCGCAGCUGUCAACAGCCUGGCCACUGGCGAGAUCGUUGCCCCAUACGUCCGCGUUCGCGUGCGGAAAUCUCACGGCGCGCGACCAUCAGCUGA